AUGCGUCCCGAAGUCGAGCAAGAGCUUGCCCACACGCUCCUUGUGGAGCUCCUUGCCUACCAGUUCGCCUCGCCCGUGCGGUGGAUUGAGACCCAAGAUGUAUUCCUCGCUGAGAAGACCGCCGAGAGGGUGGUCGAAAUCGGUCCCGCCGAUACCCUCGGUGUGAUGGCCAAGCGCACACUCGCCUCCAAGUACGAAGCCUACGAUGCCGCCAAGUCAGUUCAGCGUCAAAUUCUUUGCUACAACAAGGACGCAAAGGAAAUCUACUACGAGGCCGACCCCAUCGAGGAGGAACCAGAGCCCGCUGCCGCUUCGUCGAGCGCGCCGGCCGCUGCUUCUUCCGCCGCCCCUGCGGCUGCUGCUCCCGCUGCCGCUGCUCCUCCCCCGCCCAGCGCCGGCCCUGCCGCUUCCGUUGCCGAUGCUCCCGUCCAGGCCAUCGACAUUCUGCGAGCUCUCAUUGCUCAGAAGCUCAAGAAGCCCUUGGCCGAGGUGCCUCUGAGCAAGGCCAUCAAGGACCUUGUUGGUGGCAAAUCCACCCUUCAAAACGAAAUUCUCGGUGACCUUGGCAAGGAAUUCGGAUCAACACCAGAGAAGCCUGAAGAUGUUCCUCUCGACGAGCUCGGUUCCUCCAUGCAGGCCACCUUCGACGGACAGCUCGGAAAGCAGUCUCAGGCCCUUAUUGCACGCCUGAUCUCCUCCAAGAUGCCCGGUGGCUUCAACAUUACGGCCGCGAGAAAAUACCUCGAGACAAGAUGGGGCUUGGGCUCUGGAAGACAGGACGGUACUCUGCUGCUUGCUCUCACCAUGGAGCCUGCUGCUCGUCUUGGAUCUGAGGCUGACGCCAAGGCGUUUCUCGAUGAUGUCACCCAGAAGUACGCUGCUACCGCUGGUAUCAGCCUGUCCACUCCCCAGGCUGGCGCUGCCGCCGGUGGCUCUGGCGGCGGUAUGAUGAUGGACCCCGCUGCCAUCGAUGCCCUGACCAAGGAUCAGCGUGCUCUGUUCAAGCAGCAGCUCGAGCUCCUUGCGAGAUACCUCAAGCUCGACCUCCGCGCUGGUGACAAGGCGUACAUCAACUCUCAGGAGUCCGAGAAGGUGCUCCAAUCCCAGCUUGACCUCUGGACUGCCGAGCACGGCGACUUCUACGCCUCUGGCAUCCAGCCUGUCUUCAGCUCCCUCAAGGCCCGUUCCUACGACUCUUCCUGGAACUGGGCGCGCCAGGAUGCCCUCCACAUGUACUACGACAUCAUCUUCGGCCGUCUCAAGGCUGUCGACCGUGAGAUCGUGAGCCAGUGCAUUCGCAUCAUGAACCGCUCCAACCCCACCCUGGUCGAGUUCAUGCAAUACCACAUUGACAACUGCCCCGCGGAGCGUGGCGAGACUUACAAGCUCGCCAAGGAGCUCGGAGAGCAGCUCAUCGAGAACUGCAAGGAGGUCCUACACGCCAACCCCGUCUACAAGGACGUCGCCGUUCCCACUGGCCCUCAGACCACUGUCGAUGCUCGUGGCAACCUGAACUACGAGGAAGUCCCUCGCGCCAGCUGCCGCAAGCUGGAGCACUACGUCCAGCAGAUGGCUGAGGGUGGCAAGAUCUCCGAGUACGGUAACCGCACCAAGGUCCAGAACGACCUUCGCCGCAUCUACAAGCUCAUCAAGGAGCAGCACAAGAUGUCAAAGACCUCCCAGCUUGAGAUCAAGAACCUUUACGGUGACGUCCUUCGCUCUCUGGCGAUGAACGAAAACCAGAUCAUUCCCAACGACGAUAGCCCUUCCAAGAAGGCGAAGCCUGCCACCGGGCCCAAGGGCAAGGUCGAGACCAUCCCUUUCUUGCACCUUAAGCGCAAGAGCCUUCACGGCUGGGACUAUAGCAAGAAGCUCACUGGCUACUACUUGCAGUCCCUUGAGGAGGCUGCCAAGGACGGUGUCAGCUUUGCUGGCAAGCACGCUCUCAUGACCGGUGCUGGUGCCGGCUCCAUCGGAGCUGAGGUCCUCCAGGGUCUCAUCAGUGGUGGUGCUAAGGUUGUUGUCACUACCAGUCGAUUCUCUCGUGAGGUUACCGAGUACUACCAGUCCAUGUACACCCGUUUCGGUGCCCGUGGCUCUCAGCUUGUUGUUGUGCCCUUCAACCAGGGUAGCAAGCAAGACUGCGAGGCUCUGAUUGACUACAUUUACGACCCCAAGAACGGCCUUGGCUGGGAUCUGGACUUCAUUGUGCCUUUUGCCGCCAUCCCCGAGAACGGUCGCCAGAUCGAUCAAAUCGACUCCCGAUCUGAGCUGGCUCACCGCAUCAUGUUGACCAACCUGCUCCGCAUUCUUGGCAGCGUCAAGACUCAGAAGGCCGAGCGUGGCUUCGAGACUCGUCCUGCCCAGGUCGUCCUGCCCCUGUCGCCCAACCACGGUACCUUUGGUAACGAUGGACUCUACUCUGAGUCCAAGCUUGCCCUGGAGACUUUGUUCAACAGAUGGCACUCCGAGGACUGGGGUCACUACCUCACCAUCUGCGGUGCCGUCAUUGGCUGGACUCGUGGCACCGGUCUCAUGAGCGGCAACAAUAUCGUUGCCGAGGGAGUCGAAGCUUUUGGCGUCCGCACCUUCUCUCAGCAGGAGAUGGCUUUCAACCUCUUGGGUCUCAUGUCCCCUGCCGUUGUCGACCUCUGCCAGAGCGAGCCUGUUUUCGCCGACCUGAACGGUGGUCUGCAGUUCAUCCCUGACCUCAACCAGACCAUGACCAAGCUCCGCAAGGAUAUCAUGGAGACUAGCGAGGUCCGCCGCGCUGUCAGCAAGGAGAACGCCAUCGAGAACAAGGUUGUUAACGGCCCCAACUCUGAGGCCCUCUACAAGAAGAAUGUUGUUGAGCCCCGCGCCAACAUCAAGUUCGACUUCCCCAACCUCCCCGACUGGGAGGAGGAGAUUGCUCCCCUCAACGACCGCCUCAAGGGCAUGGUCGACCUGGAGAAGGUCGUCGUCGUUACUGGUUUUGCUGAGGUUGGUCCCUGGGGUAACUCCCGCACCCGCUGGGAGAUGGAGGCCUACGGCGAGUUCUCCCUGGAGGGUUGCGUUGAGAUGGCUUGGAUCAUGGGUUUGAUCAAGAACCACAACGGUCCUAUCAAGGGCAAGCCCGCUCCUUACUCCGGCUGGGUCGACGCCAAGACUGGUGAGCCCGUCGACGACAAGGACAUCAAGCAGAAGUACGAGAAGUUCAUUCUGGAGCACUCUGGUAUCCGCCUGAUUGAGCCUGAGCUCUUCGGUGGCUACGACCCCGAGCAGAAGCAGCUUCUUCACGAGGUUGUCAUUGAGGAGGAUCUCGAGCCUUUCGAGGCGUCCAAGGAAACUGCCGAAGAGUUCAAGCGUGAGCACGGCGACAAGGUCGAGAUCUUCGAGAUUCCCGAGUCUGGCGAGUACAUUGUCCGCAUGAAGAAGGGAGCUGCCCUCUUGAUCCCCAAGGCUCUCCGCUUCGACAGACUUGUUGCCGGUCAGAUCCCUACUGGCUGGGACGCUAAGAGAUACGGUGUUCCCGAGGACAUUGUGUCCCAGGUCGACCCCGUCACCCUGUUUGUCCUCGUGUCCGUCGCCGAAACUCUGCUGUCGGCUGGUAUCACCGACCCCUACGAGUUCUACAAGUACGUCCACGUUUCCGAGGUCGGUAACUGCAUCGGAUCCGGUAUGGGUGGUGCUGGCGCUCUCCGUGGCAUGCACAGAGACCGCUACCUGGACAAGCCUGUUCAGAACGACAUUCUCCAGGAGUCGUUCAUCAACACUAUGGCCGCCUGGGUCAACAUGUUGUUGAUCUCUUCUUCUGGACCCAUCAAGACCCCUGUCGGUGCUUGCGCCACCGCUGUUGAGUCCGUCGACAUUGGUUACGAGACCAUCAUGGAAGGCAAGGCCCGUGUCGUCUUUGUCGGUGGUUUCGACGACUUCGGUGAGGAGGGCUCUUACGAGUUCGCCAACAUGAAGGCCACCAGCAACGCUGUUGACGAGAUGGAACACGGCCGCACCCCCGGCGAGAUGUCUCGUCCCACCACCACUACCCGUAACGGCUUCAUGGAGUCCCAGGGUUGCGGUGUCCAGCUGCUCAUGACUGCCAAGCUUGCCCUCGACAUGGGCAUGCCCAUUCACGGUGUCCUGGCUCUGACCACUACUGCCACCGACAAGAUUGGCCGCUCCGUUCCCGCUCCCGGCCAGGGCGUUCUCACCACUGCCCGUGAGCACGCCGGCAAGUUCCCCUCGCCCCUUCUCGACAUCAACUACCGUCGCCGCCAGAUUGAGCUCCGCAAGAAGCAGAUCAAGCAGUGGCAGGAGUCUGAACUUGAGUACCUCUACGAGGAGGUUGAGGCCAUCAAGGCCCAGGGCCAGGAAAUCAACGAAAAGGAGUACGCUCACGACCGUGCCGAGCACAUCAAGAAGGAGGCCCAGCGUCAGGAGAAGGACGUCCUCCGCAGUCUCGGCAACAACUUCUGGAAGAACAACCCCGAGAUUGCCCCUCUCCGUGGUGCCCUCGCCACCUGGGGUCUCACCAUCGAUGACCUUGCCGUUGCUUCCUUCCAUGGAACGUCAACCAAGGCCAACGACAAGAACGAGUCUUCUGUCAUCUGCCAACAGCUCCGCCACCUCGGUCGCAAGAAGGGUAACGCGGUUAUGGGUAUCUUCCAGAAGUACCUCACUGGUCACCCCAAGGGUGCUGCCGGUGCCUGGAUGUUGAACGGCUGCCUGCAGGUCCUCAACACCGGUUUGGUGCCUGGCAACCGCAACGCCGACAACGUCGAUCCCAUCAUGGAGCAGUUCGACAUGAUUGUGUACCCUAGCCGCAGCAUUCAGACCGAUGGCAUCAAGGCCUUUUCCGUCACCUCUUUCGGUUUCGGUCAGAAGGGUGCCCAGGCCAUCGGUGUCCACCCCAAGUACCUCUUCGCCACGCUUGACGAGAAGACGUACGAGGAGUACUCUGCCAAGGUCCAGGCUCGCCAGAAGAAGGCGUACCGCUUCUUCCACAACGGUCUGGUCAACAACACGCUCUUUGUUGCCAAGUCGAACGCUCCUUACACCGACGAGCAGCUCAGCCAGGUUCUCCUGAACCCUGACGCUCGCGUGACCGAGGACAAGAAGACCUCCACCAUUUCUUACCCCUCCAACUUCAUGAAGGCGUCUGAGAAGACCGUCUCGUCGUCGGCGGCCAAGGCCACCCAGGACAUGAUGGAGGCCCUAGCCAAGAAGGUCGUCAACAAGAACAGCAACGUCGGUGUCGACGUCGAGGACAUCUCUGCUAUCAACAUUGAGAACGAGACAUUCAUCGAGCGCAACUUCACUGCUGGUGAGAUUAAGUACUGCCAGUCGGCUCCCAGCCCCCAGAGCUCGUUCGCCGGCCGGUGGAGCGCGAAGGAGGCUGUCUUCAAGUCCCUCGGUGUGUCAAGCAAGGGCGCCGGCGCGCCAUUGAAGGAUAUCGAGAUUGCCAAGGACGAGUCUGGUGCCCCGUUGGUUAAGCUCCACGGCGAUGCCGCUGCCGCUGCCCAGAAGGUGGGCCUCAAGGACAUUAGCGUUUCCAUCUCACACUCGGACUCGCAGGCGAUCGCCGUCGCUGUUGCAAACUUUUAA